AUGGUUACUAUAAUGAGGGACUUCCCUUCUUGUUUCGGUGAAAACGGUGUUCAAGUUGCUGAUUCAUCGUCGUCGUCGUCGUCAAGUGCAGCUAAAGCUGCUCAGAACAUGGUUACUUGUGUUUAUCAGUGUAGAUUACAGGGUCGUUCAUGCUUGAUUACAGUUACAUGGACCAAGAAUCUGAUGGGUCAAGGCCUUAGUGUUGUAAUAGAUGAUUUAGCCAAUAAUUGUUUAUGUAAAGUUGAUAUAAAGCCCUGGUUGUUCUCUAAGAGGAAAGGAUCAAAGAAUUUAGAGGUUGACUCUGGUAAAAUUGAUAUAUGUUGGGACUUGUCUAAUGCUAGAUUUGGUGUUGGGCCAGAGCCAGUUGAAGGGUAUUACUUGGCUGUUGCAUUUGAACAAGAAAUGGUGUUACUUCUUGGGGAUUUGAAAAAGGAAGCUAUCAAGAAGAUUGACACCAGUGCUCAGCUCAAUUCCAAUGCUGUUCUUAUUGCAAAGAGAGAGCACAUUGUUGGGAAGAAGUUUUAUGGUGCCAAGGCUCAGUUUUGCGACAAGGGACGGAUGCAUGAUGUUGUAAUUGAAUGUGACACGGUCGAUCUUAUGGAUCCAUGCCUUGUUAUACGCAUCGACAGUAAGACGGUCAUGCAGGUGAAGCGGCUCAAGUGGAAGUUCCGCGGCAAUCAUACCAUUUUAGUGGAUGGACUACCAGUGGAAGUGUUCUGGGAUGUGCACAACUGGCUAUUUGGCAAUGCUUUGGGCAAUGCGGUUUUCAUGUUUCAAACUUGCCUCUCUGCUGAGAAAUUGUGGGCAAACCAGUCGGUUAUCGAUCCAUCUGUAUUGACAUGGUCUUACUCUCAAAAGUUUAGAGAUCAUCAAGCACAGGGACUUGGUUUUUCAUUGAUAUUGUAUGCUUGGAAACAUGAAUAGAAAUGUAAUUUUUUCCUUGUGAGAUUUCAAAUGUACUUUCUGCUAUGAAAUUCAGAGAUAUGUGAUUAACAUAUAUUACAUGCAAACCUAGCAGUUGUUAUUCAUUUGCUUCUUCUGGCUGAUUGGGAGCACUAACCUGUUUUUUUAAAGUUCUUUGGAGAGCUGUUAUGGAGACUAAUGGAUUGCAGGAAACUGUGAAAGCAAAAUACGGAAGCAUUGCUGUAAGCUCCCCCCAUUUGUUCUCUGUUAGCAUGAAAACUUGAUCUCUGUAAUUGCAGGCUGAUGAAUCCUCGAAAUGAAGGACAUGGGGAUGAAUGCAGAUUGAACAUUUUCAUGCACUAAAAUGAUGGGAGGCAUGUAACAGGUGUGGUAUAUUUUCUCCUUUGCAUUUUAGUUAGUUUUUGUUAUAAGGUAGGAAAGGUGGAAAGAGAACUUGUAGAGCUUAUGCCAAGCCCUAAUAUAGCUAAGCUAAUUGAACUUAAUUUUCAAAAGCUUUAGUUUCAUAAUAGUUUGCUGGAUGCUUAAUGACAUGAUUGCAGACUUUGUGAAGGCUCAUGAUAUCUGCUAACGGCGAAGGAAAUGAGAAUCUAUGGUACUCGAAUUCUUCAUUUUUUUCUAAAUUAUUCAUUACCGGCUCUUAUGUGCUACACUUGAAUAUGAGUGUGAGGGUAUGAUCUUCGAAAUUCCAAAAACAUAGAAGAAAAAUAAACGAACUUGUUUAGAAAACACAUCUAACAUUCACCCCGAAACCCAAUAACAUAGAUGAAAAUAAGUGGAGAGAUGACAUUUAUUGGAGGUGGAUGUCAACAUCUCAAUGGGAAGAAGUUUGAAUAUGGCUAAGACUGACUGACUGUUCUCAUUGAUUAAAAUUGCACAUCUUUCAAGGAUUGUAGGUCUGCACAUGAUUCACUUGGAAGCCCAUGCUGAGAUUAGGCUUCUAUAUACUUCAAUUAUAAGGGUCAUUCAUGAAGCUCAAGCUUGUCUACUGUUAGGAAUUUAGCUGUAUAGCAGAUGCAAAACUUGCCAUUGUGUUCAAGCAAAUGCCGACAGAAGUGAAAAUUGUUAAAUUAUUUUAUAGCUCAUUAAGGAUGCAAUGUAGAAAUUUCGAAGUUCUACCAGAAACUCCUUUUGCUUAUCAUAGACAUCAAGCACUUACAUCUUCAAACAUAAUUCAUAAGCCUAUGAAGAUGGACGAAAUACAGGAAACCAAUGGGCAAUGAAAAGGGAAGUACAUGUGCCACAUAUAACAAUUAACAGAGACUUUUAUGUAGUCAGAUAAUCAUGGUUGUUACAUCAUCAUCCCUAAUUAAGCAUUCUCUCAUCUUACAAGUCAUAAACUUGUUUCCCAGUGAACUUAACUUCAAUGGGACUGACAUUCUUCCCAAUUGAUCUGAAGUUCUGGCCAACUCCUUGGCGACCUGGGUUCACUUUCUCAGGAUAAACUCCAUCUUUGGGGUGGAGGUAUUGGACCU